AGAAAAAGACAUACGGCUUUAAAUGUUAAAACAAGAGGUUCUUACAGAAAAUAUACUCCUAAACAAGUUGUGAAACUCUUCGAUUUAAUAAUCGAAGAAGGAUUCGCAGUAAAAAUUGCAGCUUUAGCCACUGGGGUUAAUGUACGCACUGCCCAGAAUUACGUUAAAACUUAUAACAAUGAUCCUGAGAGACGACUCCCAGGAUCUUAUUCUAAACCUCGUGGAAGACCUCGUAAUAAGUUGACUGAUAUCGAAAAGAAUACCACUGAGUUAAAGUUAAAACUUUGUAAGAAAUUUGAGGGUUUGAAAAUCUCUAUUUCUGCCAGCCACAAACAUUUAGUACAUAAGCAUAACAUUACGUUAAAGAAACUUGUAAAAAUACCAGCAGCAAGAAAUUCAGACAGAGUAAUAGCAUUACGAAAAGCGAUUGUUGAACAAUAUAAGAGUGAUGCAGAUAUGGAUUUUUCUAAGAAUUGCGUUUUUAUCGAUGAAGCAGGUUUCAAUUUGCAUACGCAAAGAAACCACGGCCGUUCAUUAAAAGGCACACCUGCAAAUGGCACUGUACCAACUGGAAAAGGUGUAACCAUUUAUAAUUUUAGGUGCAAUUUCUCAAGCAGGUAUCAUAAAUAUUUGAGUUAAAGAACCAGAAUCAGCUUCUUCUAAAAAAGAAGGGCAGAUGGUAAGGAAGCAAAAAUAAAUGGCGAAGUUGGGACAAGAUCUGAACACUUUAUGGCCUAUCUAAACAACGUAAUGGAUACACUAGAUAAAAAUAAUAUAAAGGGGCAGUAUAUUGUUAUGGAUAAUGCACCUAUUCACAAGCCAAAAGUAAUCAAAGCAUUAAUCGAAGAACGAGGAAAUAAGUGCAUACAUUUGCCACCAUAUUCUUCUUUCUUGAAUCCAAUCGAGGAAUUUUGGUCAAAAAUAAAAGCUGGUGUUUGAAGAACACCAUUUUGACGGCAGAGGAUCGUUUCACAGAUCGUAUAUGUGAAUCAGCUGGUAAAGUAACAAAAAAAGAUUGUGAAGGAUGGAAUAAGCAUUCAA